AUGGUUUUUCGCGACGGGAGUUUGCGCGACAAACCAAGGGUUCGUCGCGCAAAGUCCUUCUUCAUAUUAGAAUUCUGCCAUUGCAGAGGCAGAAUGCAAAAAAAAGCAUUCUGCCUCUGCCUCUCUCUCAACCUCUCUGCCGCUGCUGCGGGAAUUCAAUACAUUGAUUGGCGAUUGGUGGAGAACGAUUGA